UCCAACGUCCGUGUUUGUAGGAGCAGGACGGACAUCAGACCCCACAGUUCUGGGGGUACUGUGGUGUACUUGGACUGGACCAACUAUAACACUCUAGUUGGGACAGUCCUAACUAUAGUUGGGACUGAUGUUAUAGUUCGGGCGUAACAACAUCCUGUCAUGCAUGUGGCAAUGCACAAACUUCCCGGUCAUGCUGGUGUCAUGAGCAUUCCAUUAGGACUUGAGUUAGACACAGCAUGACACACGUAGGCCUUCUCAGACCCUAACGUUAGGCCGAAGUCAUUCUCAUGGCCUACAUGACUUUACUAUGGCAAUCAUGUACCCGUACACGUUGUAACACCCUCCAAAGAGGCAAAAUUCCCCUUCACGCUACUUGAUGCUAUGCAGAAAUGCACUGAACGUUUCCACAUGUUCGAUUGUUAGAAUUGUAAGUGAAUGGCCUAUUAGUGAGUAAAUGUGUGACAGUUCCAGAUCACUUUUCAUACAACUGUGGGACCCUGUGUUUUGGACGCGAUUAAGGGAUCUAUGUGAUCAUUCAAUCUGUGCACAAUCUGGAAUCUCGUCACAUAAUUUGCCAACUGUUCUGCCAUCAGGUCGUAUCAAUUUUUCUUUCCAAUUUGAGUUGUGGAAGAUUGUUUUGAAACAUUAGAGAACCUGCCAAAAGUAGGGGGGGGGGCACUUGUCCCUCGACCCCCCCCCCAAUAGUUGAGAAUAGACUUGUUGGCUAGUUGAAGCAGAUGUAUCACCUUUCACGGUUCAUUUGUCUUUCCGACUUUCUGUACACAACAGCCAGUGCAUCGGAUUGGAGUUGCUAUUGGAGACCAAGUGUUGGACCUCUCGGUCGUCAAGGAGCUCUUCCGUGGACCACACCUGACGGACUGCAGGGAUGCAUUUGACAAGCCUGUCCUGAAUGAUCUGAUGGCGUUGGGUCCACCUGCCUGGAAGGAGGCACGACAGACACUGCAGAGAAUCUUGUCAGCCGACGAGGCAGUGCUCAGGGAUAAUGCCGACCUCAGAGCAAAAGCUUUUGUGGCCCAGAGUUCAGCCAUCAUGCAUCUGCCGGUCAAGAUUGGGGACUACACAGAUUUCUACUCGUCCGUCUUCCACGCCACCAACGUGGGCAUCAUGUUCCGUGGUAAAGAAAACGCCCUCAUGCCGAACUGGAAGCAUCUUCCUGUUGGUUACCAUGGUCGCGCAUCAUCGGUGGUGGUUUCUGGCACGCCAAUCAGGCGUCCCUGCGGUCAGACAAGGACAGAUGACAGCCAGUCUCCAGUUUUUGGUCCUUGCAAAUUGAUGGACUUUGAACUGGAAAUGGCAUUCUUCACUGGUCCUGGCAACAAACUGGGUGAACCCAUCCCUAUCAGCAAGGCCCAGGAUCACAUCUUCGGCAUGGUGGUCGUGAACGACUGGAGCGCCCGUGACAUCCAGAAGUGGGAGUACGUACCUCUGGGUCCCUUCUUGGGCAAGAACCUGGGGACCACCAUUUCCCCCUGGGUGGUGACCAUGGAAGCACUUGCCCCCUUCAUUGUGACAAACCACACACAGGACCCCAAGCCUCUUCCGUAUCUUCAGCACGAGGACAACUUCAACUUUGACAUCAACCUAACAGCUGCGAUCUCUGCUGAGGGGACCAACGGACCGGCGGUGGUCAGCCGCACCAACUUCAAGUAUAUGUACUGGACUAUGAAACAGCAGCUGGCCCACCAUUCUGUGACAGGGUGUAAUAUGCAACCAGGAGAUCUUCUGGCCUCUGGCACCAUCAGUGGUCCAACCGAUGACUCACUUGGCUGCAUGCUGGAACUGUGCUGGAAAGGCACCAGGGAAGUGGAUCUCGGCAACGGAAUCAAACGCAAAUUCCUGAAGGAUGGAGAUGAAGUUAUCCUCACAGGUUAUUGUCAGGGAGAUGGCUACCGUGUCGGCUUUGGGUCCUGCACGGGCAAACUACUACCAGCAGUCAACCCCUACCAGUAAAAGAACCAACAUGCUUCUGCAGUUUUGCUGUUUUUUUUCCCCCAGUAACACUGCUAGUCCAGAGCACCCUCUAGAUUCUCAAGACACGAUAGGAGAAGUAUGCAUGACUUAAAGCCCAUUUAUCAGCACAGGGGACCAUUGAAAUGUGUAGUUGCAGUAAAGUGUUUGGGAUUGUCCAUAAUAUUAUUAGUUGUCACUUAUGGAGCUAUGGAAUAUAUUUGGAAGGAAUGAACUUUGGAAGGCCCUUUUAGAUGCUGAAUUUAACUCUUGCAGGCAAAGGGAUCGAAGAAAGAAAUGUAGCUUUGAACAGGGCAAGCUUCCACAAACAACCCAACAAAUAGAAUAAUACUAGGAAAAUUUCCGGGGCAUUUCACACGAGAAACUAACCUGAAAUACUUCCGUGGACGUGAUACAAAUGAGAAAAUAACAAAAGAGCAAGUUUAUCCUUUCCUCACCUCUAACCGGAUAGUUGAUACUUUAUUGCAGUUGGUGCUUGCAGAAAGGUUUUUAUAGAUCAAACAGCAUUUUAUUUCUUUAUGUAUUAAAAAUCUGUUUUCCACCCUCCAAAAUAAUCUGCCAGCAACUUGUUCAAGUUGCUAGUUGUUAUUUAGCAUUAGAGAUGCUAUCAUAAGUUAGAACAGAAUCACUGAAAAAAAGUGCAACUUGGAAAACUCUGCACAGUGUCUGUGCAACUGGGUAUUUCCUCAUUUUUCUGAUUUCCUGCUGCAGUAAAAGCAAUCAUUGAGUUAUUUUUGGUAAGUUUGUGUCUCUUUCUACUUGCAAACAUACAUUUAUUGAACCACAAACCUCUGAUGGCUGUUUCCUUGGAAAACACGGUGGAAAGGGUGUCCCCCAGAAAAAGGUGGAAGUACAUACAUCUACUGUAAUUUAAACAUGGCAAUUGACCUUGUGCCACAUUCAGAAGAAAGGAUUACUUCUCAUCCUGUUUCAGUGCUCAGCAUCCCCUUUGAACUUGAACUGUUUAGGUUAAAGGUGCAUUUAGAUAUUUCAGUAAGGUCUAGUGAUUGGACUGGAAAGUGGCACAAACUCAAUUUUGAUCGCUGGUCUUUACUGGGGCAUGUUUGUGGAUCACUAAAAAUAAAUAAGACGACAUAAAUAGCAUCAAGUUAACCUUGUCCCUGUUAAAUCCACUGAAGUUAUGAAUAUAACUUACAAUAUAUUAUAAUUAAUAUAUUCUAAAUGCAAGGUGACAUUUUAUUUUUUAAAUAUUUGUGCUUGCUUGCACUAAUUUGGGGCACACUUUACAAUGUAGUGUAAGAAAUCCAGGCAUUAAGAUUGGAUGAUUUAUUGUAUUGCUCAACUGAAAUGUUAUUUUAGCCCUUUUUAGUUCUGAAUUUGUGGAAGGAGUGUAAAUCCACCAAGUUUUAAAGAAUAAUGUCCUAGAAAAUUAACUAUAACUUGCACAAAUGUAAGAGUGCCCUGUUUUUGUUAUACCCAAAAGGAAGAGAUAAUAUACAUGUAUUACAAUUGUUUUGCAAAAGUUUGACCUUACCAGCAAAAAGUAUUGUUUAAGUUGCUACAAUUUAUAAACCUUUGUCUUAAAGAUAAAAAAUUUUUAUCUCCAUAUUUUCAUUGAUGAAUUUUUGUAAACUUUGGGGAAAGGGUAGUCUGUUUUCAGCAAAGCAGUUGCUCUGUCUGAAUAUGGGGCGGGGCUUAGUUGCCAGAGGGGAAUGCGGAGGUUCCAGUGUUUUUUCAAGUUCUCUUCAAAAGACUGUUUCUCAGGUUGUGUGGUGGUUUGAAUGUGAAUUCAUUUUCUUUCUGUCGUCUUCUUUUUUUUUUUCUUUUUAAGACUACCUGUUAUACAAUUCGUCUGCAGAUGAUGCAUGAUAUGAAGUGAAAUUUUGGAAAGAAGUUGUUGCUUUGGGCAAUAGAUCUUAUACCGGCACGAUCGUUGAAAACUUCUUUUUCCAGAUUUUACUCAGAACACGGGGAAUAUACGUUCGUUGGUGUCAAGUGGACUGCAGACGGUUGGUGUACACACCAAGCUCAGUUUGUUCGGUUCUUUUUCUCUAAGUUGUAAAGUUUGCAUCAUGCAUUUAUUUUCCUCUCAAUCCUUGAUGUUUAGCUUUAAAUGUCAGGAUGUAUGCCAAGAAUAAAGGCAGAUUUUGUUGCCUUGUUCUGCUCAGUUUUACAAUGGGAUAGCUGUUGAGGUAUGAAACUUCAUUUUACUUUGGUCUGCAUUUGUUUUUUUGGUUUUUUAUGUCUUCUGUAUAUUCUCACACAUUGCACUCUCAUAAAUUGGUUUCAUUCUCGUGCCCUGACAAUAACUUGGAGUUGGAAACAUCUACCUAGGCGUACCAAAACAAUACCAAGAACGUGGAAUCCAAAUACAUGUAUGAAACUGCAUUUGGUUGAAUGUCUUCCCUCUCUUAAUGUUCAGUGAGAACAAGCCAGGAAAGCAGGAAAUAAAAACGAUCACUAUGUUGGUCUUCAUACAUCUGCA